AGCGUGAUUUGUCGUUAGUUUAUUAAAAGUGAAAACAAAAAUUUAAGUUGUGGAUAUACUUUAAUACUGAUAUUCAACAUGAAUCCAAUGACGAAUAUGAAAAAUGUGCUGAAGCUAAGCGAUCAGGACCUAAAAUUUGGCGGUAAAAAUUCCUGGCACGAUCAGUACAAAGACAGUGCAUGGAUCUUUGUGGGAGGUCUACCGUCGGAUUUAACAGAGGGUGAUUUGCUGGCAGUAUUUUCCCAGUACGGUGAAAUCGUCAACGUCAAUCUGGUGCGUGAUAAGAAGACUGGCAAGUCGAAAGGGUUCUGCUUUAUCUGCUUCGAAGACCAGCGAUCAACAAUUUUGACGGUAGAUAAUAUGAACGGUAUUAAGUUGUUAGGCCGAACGAUACGAGUGGAUCAUGUGGCGGACUAUAAACCACCGAAAGACGACAAAGCUGACGAGGAAACGCGUAGGUUAUACAUGGAAGGAUGUGCACCCAAAUAUAGUUAGUUAAUGAACAGGACUUGGUUUAUUAGUUUAUUUUGAUAAGUUAUUUAUCAGAGUUUCGAAUGUAUUAAGCAUUCUCGGAGAUAAGAAACACUAUAUUUAAGCAUGUAUUUUUAAAACAUUUACUGCGCCAUCAAGGAACGCUUCAGGAAUAAAUUUUGCGCUUCCCGUUCCAGUCGGGCCAA